GCCUGCGCCUGCCUGAGACGGAUUCGCCAUGGCGGCCGCGGGCGGCCCUGAGGCGGCAGCCGCUGCGUCCGAGGGGGUGGCCGGAGCCGGGCUGGCGGCGUCCCCGGCAGCCGCGGCCGCUCCCGUGGUAGUGCAGCGGGAGCCCGUGUACAACUGGCAGGCCACGAAGCGGUCGCUGCGGGAGCGCUUCGCCUUCCUCUUCGCCAACGAGCUGCUCAGCGACGUCCGUUUCGUGGUGGGCAAAGGCGGCCCUCGAACCGGAGGAGGCGCGCCCGGGCCCGGCCAGCAGCGCAUCCCCGCGCACCGGUUCGUGUUGGCCGCCGGCAGCGCCGUCUUCGACGCCAUGUUCAACGGCGGGAUGGCCACCACUUCGGCCGAGAUCGAGCUCCCCGACGUGGAGCCCGCCGCAUUCCUGGCCCUCCUCAGGUUUUUGUAUUCAGAUGAAGUUCAGAUUGGUCCUGAAACAGUUAUGACCACUCUCUAUACAGCAAAGAAGUAUGCUGUCCCAGCUCUAGAAGCUCAUUGUGUAGAAUUUCUCACUAAGCAUCUUCGAGCAGAUAAUGCCUUUAUGCUGCUUACUCAGGCUCGUUUAUUCGAUGAACCACAGUUAGCCAGCCUCUGUCUUGACACAAUAGACAAAAGUACUAUGGAUGCAAUAAGUGCAGAAGGCUUCACAGAUAUUGAUAUAGAUACACUGUGUGCCGUAUUGGAAAGAGACACACUUAGUAUUCGAGAGAGCAGACUUUUUGGAGCUGUUGUUCGCUGGGCUGAAGCAGAAUGUCAAAGACAGCAGUUACCAGUCACAUCUGUAAAUAAGCAAAAAGUACUUGGAAAAGCCCUCUCCUUAAUCCGUUUUCCACUGAUGACAAUUGAAGAGUUUGCAGCAGGUCCUGCUCAGUCUGGAAUUUUGUCAGAUCGGGAAGUAGUAAAUCUCUUUCUGCAUUUUACAGUCAACCCUAAACCUAGAGUUGACUAUAUUGACCGACCAAGAUGCUGUCUUAGAGGAAAGGAGUGUAGCAUAAAUAGAUUCCAGCAAGUGGAGAGUCGCUGGGGUUACAGUGGAACAAGUGACCGGAUCAGGUUCACAGUCAACAGAAGAAUUUCAAUUGUGGGAUUUGGAUUGUAUGGAUCUAUUCAUGGCCCCACCGAUUACCAAGUAAAUAUACAGAUAAUAGAAUAUGAGAAAAACCAGACACUAGGACAAAAUGACACUGGAUUUAGCUGUGAUGGAACUGCCAGUACCUUCAGAGUUAUGUUCAAAGAACCCAUAGAGAUUCUGCCAACUGUGUGUUACACUGCUUGUGCAACCCUAAAAGGCCCAGAUUCUCAUUAUGGCACCAAGGGAUUGAAGAAAGUAAUCCAUGAAUCUCCUGCUUCAAGCAAAACAUGCUUUUUCUUUUUUAGUUCUCCGGGUAACAACAAUGGUACUUCGAUAGAAGAUGGACAGAUACCAGAAAUAAUAUUUUAUACGUAACUUCAUAUAAUGGAAAUGAAGCAAAAUGUGGGAUUGAUUUUCCUAAGAAAAGACAGAUGGGAGAUAAUGAAUACUGUGAAGUUUUGUAAAUAUAUAAUUUCAGUCAUGGUAUGAAACUGAAGUAUUGUACAUGGAAGGUACUCAAAACUAGUAUUCACUACUUCCAGUCGCAGUAUGCAGCCAAAUUUUUGAACUAAAAUAUUCUUACCUGUACAUAAGUAUUUAACUUGAUCACUUUGAAUGUGCUACCAUAACCUGGAAGCUGGAGCAGAGUAUUCAUAUCCUUUAUCCACUCCACAAAAUAUACUUGUUGCAGAUGGUAAUAUCUGUGGAAAGUAUGACUGUGUUCCUGUACAAAACAACUCAUUAAACUGAGCUUACAUUCUUUCAAACUAAAAGUGAAAUUAUGACAAAAAAAGAAUUAAGGUCGAUACAAAUUGUAUCAGUGAUUAUACUCAAUACAGUGUAUAUAAACUUAAUCAGCUUUGUUGUGUACUGGAGAAAAAGUUACUCAGCAGUCAGUUGUAUGAAGCUAUUCUUAAACUAUAAAGUGAAGAGUGGAAGAA